UUAGGCGGCGAGGCACAGCUGAUUUCACAUGUGUCGAACCACGUCGCCGCGCGGCCGCUUUGUGCAUUCGUCGGAAAAUGCCGGCAACAUAAACUCAAACGAAAAGUUUAUGAAAAGUGUAUGUGCAUCUGACUGUUCAUCAAAGAAAAGCCUCGAUACUACAUCGAGCUGAGGGCUUGAAAGGAAAUUUUAUCAGCGGAUGCUUGUGUCAAGGUAAGGCAAAGCCAUGCGGAGCGACAUGGCGUACCGUGGGCUGUCGCAGCACGUAGAGUUGGACCGUGCGGCGGACCCUCGCGACCGCUUCAAUCUGCAGGAGCUCAUCGGGGAAGGCACCUAUGGCGAGGUCUACUGUGCUAGGGACAAGAAGACCGGCCGCAGAGUCGCUGUUAAGAUUUUAGAGAAUAUAACAGAAAAUAUAGAGGAGAUAGAAGAGGAAUUUCUGGUCUUCCGAGACUUGUCCACUCAUCCCAAUAUUCCUGAGUUUUUCGGCCUCUUCUUGAAACGAGGUUUAAGUGCCGAUGAUGAUCAGAUAUGGUUCGUUAUGGAGCUUUGUACUGGUGGUUCGGUGACGGAUUUGUGCGCGGGCAUGCGCGCCCGAGGAACGAGUCUCACCGAGCCCCAACUUGCCUACGUAUUGCGGGGAACAGUCCGGGCCUUGACCCACCUCCAUGCUCACCGGUGUAUGCAUCGUGACGUCAAAGGACACAAUAUUCUACUUACAGAAGAUGCUGAAGUCAAACUUGUAGAUUUUGGAGUUUCUUCACACUUGGCUGCAACCGUUGCUAGGAGGAAUACAUCAGUUGGUACACCAUACUGGAUGGCUCCAGAGGUCAUAGCAUGCGAGCAACAAUUAGACCAGUCAUACGAUUGCAGAUGCGACGUAUGGUCAGUAGGUAUUACAGCCAUAGAAUUAGCGGAAGGAGAACCGCCUCUCUCAGGCCUUCAUCCAAUGAGGGCCUUGUUUCAAAUCCCACGGAACCCACCACCAAGUCUUUCACAUCCAGAGGUGUUCUCGCCACAUCUUGUAGAUUUCAUAGGAGAAUGUCUGGUAAAAGAUAUGAACCAAAGGCCAUUUGCAAGGGAGCUCUUGGAACACCCUUUACUACUAGCCGUUAGUAGUUUUGAGGAUAAGAUCCGAAAAGAGCUCCAAACAGAAAUCAAAAGACAAAGGGCGGAAGGCCGAAGUUGUCGCGCUGCUGAAGCAACUACUAAAAGAGGGAAACUGAAAUCUCACAGAAAGGUUCGUGCUGAAAAAAUGUACACCGACGACCUAGCAACACUAGAGGUCUUAACCGAAGACGCAAUCGUCGAACAACUACAAAAAAGAUAUACUCAAAAUCAGAUUUAUACUUAUAUUGGAGAUAUUUUAGUUGCAGUAAAUCCAUUUACAGAUAUUGGAAUUUAUACCACUAAGACUCAACAAAUUUACCAAGGUCGUUGCCGGUCGGAUAAUCCCCCUCAUAUCUAUGCAGUGGCUGACGCAGCGCACCAAGCUCUCAUGCAUCAGAAAGUACAUCAAGCCAUAGUUAUAUCCGGGGAAAGCGGGGCCGGCAAAACUGAAUCUGCUAACCUCUUAUUAAAACAGCUAGUGUUUUUAUCAAAGACGCAAAACAAACACUUAGAAGAAAGAAUACUUCAAGUUAAUCCGAUUAUGGAAGCUUUUGGUAACGCUCGAACAGGAAUCAAUGCCAACAGCUCUCGGUUUGGCAAAUAUUUGGAUUUGUCUAUGAUGAGAGUUGGGCGUAUAUCGGGUGCUCGGAUAUCUGUUUACCUUCUCGAACAAUCCAGGGUAGUUCAUCAAGCUCUAGGCGAAAGUAAUUUUCAUGUCUUCUAUUAUUUGUACGAUGGUUUGGAGAGCGAAGGUCGUUGGAGGAAGUUUUACUUUGACGAACAGCUUAAAUCCAGACAUCGCUAUUUGCAGCCCCUCUCAGUUGCACAUCGGGAACACAAUGUGCAUCGUUGGAGACAACUCAAUCAAGCUUUUAAAGUGGUUGGAUUCCAAGACGAAGAAGUACAAAUAAUAUACAAGAUGCUUGCAGCUAUACUACAUCUCGGUGAUAUAGAAUUCGGAGAGGCGGCGGGUGAAAAUAAUGCCGAUAAUCGAGCGUCUAUUAUUGAUACAGCGCCUUUACACAGAGCAUCCUGUCUGCUUGGAGUGGAGACCUCUGAUCUUCGUGAAUGCCUGACAAGCAGCAGUGUUGUUGCUAGAGGUGAAACAAUUGCUCGAUACAGCUCCCCUACAGAAGCAGCAGUGGCAAGAGAUGCGACUGCCCGUGGCCUCUAUGCUAGAGCCUUUGACCGAAUCGUGGAAAGAAUCAACGCCUUAUUGUGCCAAAAUAGACCACAGAAUAACGAACAAUUGUCAAUUGGAAUCCUGGAUAUUUUCGGUUUUGAAAACUUCUCAAGAAAUUCAUUCGAACAACUCUGCAUCAACAUUGCAAACGAACAAAUUCAGUAUUACUUCAACCAACACAUAUUUACGUGGGAGCAACAAGAAUACAUGGCAGAAGGAGUGCCGGUAGACCUCGUGGAGUUUUCCGAUAACAGGCCGGUGUUAGACAUGCUGCUGUCGAGGCCGAUGGGUUUGCUGGCAUUACUCGAUGAAGAGAGCCGUUUUCCACGAGCCACCGACAGAACCCUAAUUGAGAAGUUUCAUAACAACAUAAAGAGCAAAUAUUACGUCCGGCCAAAAUCUGAUGCAAUUUGUUUUGCGAUUCAUCACUUUGCCGGUCGAGUGGUGUAUCAAGCGGAUGGUUUCUUAGAAAAAAAUCGCAAUUUCUUACCGCCUGAAGUUGUACAGUUAAUGAGGCAGAGUCAGUAUGAUAUCAUCAGAUUUUUAUUCCAAUGUCCGAUCACUAAAACUGGCAACUUAUAUUCACCUUUGCAAGGGGAUAUGGAUUCGAGGAGUUUGGAAAGUCCUUUAGCUGGAGAUACGCGGGAACGUUUCAACAGUCGGGGCUUGGCUUCUCAAUCUAGAGCUCAACAAACUGUGUCCACGUAUUUUCGGUACUCUCUCAUGGAGUUGCUUCAGAAAAUGGUCAGCGGAACUCCUCAAUUUGUGAGAUGUUUAAAACCAAACGAUUCACGGUCUCCCAAACAUUUCGACUCUGCAAAAAUUUUAAAGCAGCUUCGAUAUACGGGAGUCCUAGAAACAAUAAGGAUCAGACAAAAUGGAUUUUCCCACCGUCUAACGUUUGAAGACUUUUUGAAAAGAUAUGGUUUCCUGGCCUUCAGUUAUGAUGAAGAAGUGAAACCCAAUCGGGACACAAGUCGUCUUCUUCUUUUGCGACUGAAAAUGGAUGGGUGGGCGCUUGGCAAAUCCAAGGUUUUCCUCAAGUAUUAUCACGUCGAAGUACUAGCCAGGAUUUAUGAGGAACAGAUAAGAAAAGUGGUGCUAGUCCAAGCGAGCGUGCGCGGCUGGUUGGCUCGUCGUCACUUCCAGCGACUGAAGGCUCAAAUGGCCAUCUCGGUGCUUACUCUUCAGAAACACGUGCGCGGUUGGCUCACCAGGAAACGCCUCCAAGAGCGACAGCGGCAAUUGGCGCGCGAGUUCCAGAGAGAGCAGAUGGAACAAGAUAGCAGGAAACAUCAUAAGCCAGGCGCUCUUAACAAAAACAAGGCGAUGAUGAAGGCGAAGAUCCUACGAAGGAUGACGUCACAGGAGGACAGCGACAGCAAUGAAACCAGUUCAAGCAAUAAAGAAAACGUCGACUCCAAUAAAGCUGCUGUUAUCAUUCAGAGUCACUUCCGCGGCUACACAGCGCGGCGCAAGUGGGCGAAGGGUCGCGCGCCGCCGCCGCCGCCUGCGCACCCCGCGCCUGCCGUGCCCAGCCUCAUGCAACAGUACUCUGCGCAGGAGCGCGCCUCACAACUGCGCACUUUUUCUGACCAGGUGCACGACAAGAAUCAGGAAGUCCACAAGAACUUGCGCCGCAACAAACCGGGCAUCCGUUUGAAGGACGUCCAGCGCCCACCGGAGGAGUACCGCCCACCGCCCGGGUUCACCCUCGUGCCCGCCAUACUUAGAGGACAACCUUCGCAGUUGGAACAGGACGCUAGCCGUCUUUCGAGGUACAACCAAAAUCACAACCAGAUAAACGGUCACGAUUCGGACCAAGACCGUCACCUUCAAAACAACCAGAACUGGCAGAACCUCCCUUGCAGCCGGCAGUGCGGCGGCCUCGUCAGCAACAAGAUCAUCGAGCUGGUCCGUCACGCUCACAAAGCCGAGGCCCCUCCGCGGCCGGUGUACAACCCCACUUAUGACCCUGAGUCUGACCUCCGCAAGAUCCUGCGCAACUCACCAGAGAUCCUCGCCACUCCUAUCUUCAGCUCCGAUGACGACUACACCGAAGGUCCAUUCAGAUUCAAACAACUCCUAAGACCAACCCUAGGACCAACUGAAAGCCUCCGCAAAAGAAAAGUCCGAAACACCUCCAGUCAAAGUCCCUGGAUGUCGGACAGUUCGCAAGACAGUUUAGGAUCUAAACAACAGCUUUAUAAUAAGCGACGGCCGCAAAUCAGUAUGGGCGUGUAUUAUAAUUAGGUAAUUGUUAAAAAGUUGUCAGCUGCAAUGUAUUUUCGGAAGAUCAAAAUAAUUGUUAUUAGGUAUGGUAAGAGCUAGAAAAAUCUGCAAAAACUACUGCUAAACCAACAUGAUUUGGAUGAUGAGGCUUGAAUUAGACACAGAAAGCCAAAGUGCAGUAAAGUGUUGGUCGUGUAUAAAGGUCUUAAUGUGUCAUUCUAAUUUUUGAUCUAGACUAGUAUAGUAAUAGAUCUGUCUAUCUGAUAUUAGAAACAGGUAAAAAAUAAAAAUUAUAUAAUGGUUAAAGAGAAUUUGAUCUACUAAAGUUUCGUUCAAUUUACUAAAGCUUACUCAUCAUGUUAUUUAAGUAUGUGUGUCUUUAUUUACCACCAAUUUUCUAUAUUUAGCCUAGUUUAUUCUUUAUAUAUUAAGAAAAACUACCAAAGUCUUUACUUUUAAGUAAAUUUAUAAAGCAAAUUAAAUGCAUCUAUGAUAGUAGGUAUCAAUAUAUAAUUAUGGUUAUUAUUCUAUAUUAAUGAUUAUAUUUCAAUCAGUAUUAUUAUUUAUAUAAAGUGUCUUAUUGUUGUCCACAAGUAGAUCUCACUCGAGAAGUUGUUUGAAAGAUAAAUAAUGCCAUGAGUUAUUCAGGAUAUAUAAUAUAUAUACAUUUGUCCGUUGUUAUAUUACAUUAUAAAGUAUAUAAAUCAUUGACAACCUUUGUGAUAAUGUGCCAAUGAUUAUUGUUAAGUUUAUCCAUGUUAGUUCAUAUGAAAAGUUACUGUGAAUAAAACGUGUGCAUUCCAAA